AUGGCUCGUCUAUACUACGAGUGUAGUGCUAUUCUAAGAAACGGCAGCGUGGGCAGUGAAACCAUCAAACCGUACGCUUGUACUCCCGACAAAUAUUGUCUGUACUGUUGUUGCAACUCGCAGUGCUGCCUGCUGGUACAAAGACGGCCUCCACGACACUUUUGGGAAGCCUGGUACUUUUGGCUAGGCAUUGCUUUACUCGUUGUUUUUAUCAUAUCUUCGGUGACCAGCUAUAUAGUCAGUAAUUGCAGACGUAAUAUUCAAGGUGUGCAACUAACUCACAACGCGAAUCGUCGAAACGAGUACGGAAAUCGUCCGGGGAGCAACCAGAACGAGAUAUCGAUAAGUAUAAUCCCGACGUCGGAAUUUUUCCCGUCUCAGAGAAAAAUGUUCGUGAUCGCCUCUCAGCCUGCCGUCAAUCAUCUCAGAACUUACGGGACGACCUGA